AUGAGUGGUGAAAGCUGGCCCACCACUGAGCCAACUACACAGAAUUUCCGGUUUAUAACUUUUCAAGAUCCUAACACAAUUAAGUUGAAAUCGAUCCAGAGAGUCAUUCGCAGUCAUGGUGCCAAAAAAGCCUUGGAAGGACGCAAAAAGAAAGUCACUGAGUCAACUGGAAAUUUCCGUCAUUUUAAAACCGAUAGGCUUCAGAACACCACCGCGAAGAGGCAUAGUCACGAUUACAAGGCGCCAGGCGAUAUUCAACAGCUCGAUCCUUUUCGGUCACUUUCCAUAAGCAAUUCUACGCGACUUCAAUCCCUUAUAGCAAACAAAACUGCAUCCCAAGCCUUGGAACCAGUGUGCAACUUUGCGGAAACAACAGCACACCAAAAGUUCCAUCGGCUAUUUCAUGACGGCUUCAACGAUGCAGCUCUCUCAAAUGCUAUUAUGCUCUCACUCUCAUUCGCUGCAAAUGAAUAUCAUUUCACGCAGGAAUGCGUCACUUUUAAGAACACCACUAUUCGACACAUCAACCAAAAAAUUGGCGCUGCGCUUGACCCCAAAGCAGUUUCUCAGAUGAUAGGAGCCAUAUUGUUACUAAUAGGAGUGGAGUGGCGGCUCGGGAACAAACCACGAGUAGAGAUGCACCUGACCGGUAUUAUGCAACUGUUAAAUUUUUGCGACUCGAAGCUAAUACACCUUCAUGACGGCAUUAAGCGUGCAAUCUUUUGGCAAGACUUGAAUGCGGCCUGGAUCAUAGGCUCCGAGCGCAGGUUCAACCAUAAAAAUUUCCCGGAGCUUCAUUGGGGUCGCAAUCCAUUUCUCUCCUCCAUAUAUACCCUACCACCUGGAUUCGAGCCAUUAAAGCAUGCUUUCGGAGAUGACUUGGUCACAGUCAUUGAAGACGUUUAUGCUUUACAGCAUUUCAGAGAGUCGUCAGACAUGGAUCUAGAUGAUUCAACUUCCCUUAUCCACAUGGAUAAUUAUCAAGCAUGGGUGGAGUCUCGCCUUUUCUCACACUUUCUAGCAACAGGUGAGGAUAACGAAGUAGUAAUAUGCUGUAUACUCACAUUAUAUCUAUGUGCUUAUAUGCUGUUUACGGACAUUUGGGCUGGCCACUUCAUACCAUCCCAUAUAUCAGCAAAGCUCUUACGUGUCUUGCGGCAGGUGAGAAGAGAUGUUUUGUGGGAGGGCCAUAAGGAUGCAUUGCUGUGGUGUAUCAUAGUUGGCGGCACCUUUGCCCAACUCGGAGUGACCAGGUCUGAGUAUAUACUGUUACUUCACCAAUCUGGAUACGAUGCUAUCUUCCCUGAUUGGAAAGAAACAGAAAGCUUCCUAGGUAACUUUAUUUGGUCGAACAAAGUAUUUCACACGCCUGGGAAAGCGUUCUGGGAGGCAUAUUCUUUGCAUUAA